AUGGCCUCAAUUUUACCUGCUUCCAAUAAACCCAUGAGAUCUGACAGGAAUACACAUGCUGGAAACAGGUUUGUUUAUGUUAAAAAUCCUUACCUGGAUUCUAUGGAUGAAGAUAUCCUCUACCAUUUGGAUUUAGGAACAAAAACUCAUAAUCUACCAGCAAUGUUUGGGGAUGUAAAGUUCGUGUGUGUUGGUGGCAGCCCCAACAGAAUGAAAGCAUUUGCACAGUUUAUGCACGAGGAGCUUGGACUGGAGGGAAGUGGAGAGGACAUAAGGGACAUCUGUGCUGGAACAGACAGAUAUUUUAUGUACAAAACUGGCCCAGUGCUUUCCAUCAGUCAUGGUAUGGGCAUCCCCUCCAUUUCCAUUAUGCUUCAUGAACUCAUCAAAUUACUGCACCAUGCCCGGUGCUCUGAUGUUACCAUCAUCAGAAUUGGUACAUCAGGGGGAUUAGGAGUUGCACCAGGGUCUGUUGUAAUAACAGACACAGCUGUAGAUUCCUUUUUUAAGCCAAGGUUUGAACAGGUUAUAUUGGACAACAUUGUGACCCGAAGUACUGAACUUGACAAGGACCUGGCUGAGGAACUAUUUAACUGCAGCAAAGAAACUCCCCACUUCCCAACACUUCUUGGACAUACAAUGUGUACCUAUGACUUUUAUGAAGGCCAAGGUCGAAUGGAUGGAGCACUGUGCUUUUUUUCCAGAGAAAAAAAGUUAGAUUACUUGAAGAGAGCCCAUAAAGCUGGGGUCAGGAAUAUUGAAAUGGAAUCUACAGUGUUUGCGGCGAUGUGUGGACUUUGUGGACUAAAAGCUGCUGUGGUCUGUGUGACACUUCUGGACAGACUUGAAGGUGACCAGAUAAACCUGCCCCAUGAUGUUCUGGUGGAGUACCAACAACGACCUCAGCUGCUAAUCUCCAACUUCAUCAAACAGCGGCUUAGACUUGGUGACCAGACAUCAUCACCGGGCAGCCAAUCCUUCCCUGCAAGUCUGUGA